GAGCUCUGCAGUGACUGCUCUUUGAGAAGUUCAGAUCAUCACUGUGGUGAGCAGCAUGGAAGGCGAAUGCAGAGAAAAUGAAGCUGUUUGCCACUGAAGAUUCAGACUGCAUGGAUGGACUGAGGUCCCAGCUAUAAUUAUGGUUUCACCUCCAUCCCAGAGACUCUGGGUGGGGAUGCUGGUGGUAAUGCUGAUGGUGGGGGAGCUCCCCGGUGCCCUGCAGAAGUGCAUCCACGACGAGGUUCUGGCCCAGGCCGGGGUGGUCCGAGCUGCAGACGGCCCACACGACGAGCCCAGACUCAGGAGGGCAUCACCUCUGAGUGGAAAGAUAGCCCCGCCCACUCUUGCUUCUCCACAGCCAAUCAGGAUCCGGACGUGGAUUGCAAGGGAGAGCAACAAGCUAUCAGAGGCUGAGAGAGAGAGGCUGGAGGCCGCUGUGGAGGAGGCUGUGAGGAUGGUGUCGUCUCUACUGUCAGUGGAGAGAGCACCAGGCCCGCUGCUGCUCCACAGAGACGUAAAUAAAUACUGCAAGUUUCUCUGGAGGAAUUCAAGUUCUGCCAACUACAACAGGUGUGGUCGAGCCAACAGCAACUACAGAUCUGAGACCUGUCUGGAUGUGACAAUCCCAGAUGAUCACCUGGCUGGAUGUGAUAUUUACCCAGAGGCUGACUCACCUCACAGGACUGAGCUCCAUCCUGACGGUGCUGGAGUCUCGGACACCGACUUCCUGCUGUACCUCCACGUGCAGGCCACUGACAAGUGCCGAGCAGAGCCUAAUGUGUUGGCCUACGCUGUCCACUGUCAGAUGGACUCUCAUGGACGACCUGUAGCCGGGGUGGUGGUCAUCUGCAGGGACAGGCUGUCAGGAGCCGCAUACAGCCACCAGGCUACUGUUCAGACUGUGAUCCACGAGCUGUUUCAUGUGCUUGGUUUCUCUAAAGAUCUCUUCCACACCUGGAGAGACUGCUCCUCCUCCUCUCAAGUGGGCGCUGUCUGUUCUCCUCGAGGCAAAGUGACGCACUCUGAUGGAUCCGGCCAGAUGAGGAUUUACACCCCAUCUGUCAUCUCAGAACUUAAGAGGCACCUGGCAUCUACUGACCCUGAGUUAGGGGGGCCGCUAGAGAACCUGGAUGUUCCUUCAGGCAGAGUGUCCUCUCACUGGGAGUCCCGGGUCCUGCAGAGCUCCAUCAUGGCAGCGGUGCUGGGGGACUGGACCACGGUCCGGAUCGACCCGGUCACCUUAAAUGCGUUACAGGACACAGGCUGGUACACUGUCGACCUGAGCCGGGCACAGAGUCUAGUGUGGGGAGACGGUGAAGGAGCCAUGUUUGGUUCUGUGUCAACCUGUCAGGACAAGUCCUCGUCCUUUUUCUGCACUGGCAGUAGAUUUGGGUGUCAUUAUCUUCACCUCCACAAGGGGGAGUGCCAGACUGAUCAAUACCUGGAGGGAUGUAGGGUGUAUAAACCCCUCAAGAAUGGAAGUGAAUGCUGGAAAGAGGAAAAUGGCAGGCAGUCUGCUGAAGAGAGCGGCGAGAUCUUUGGUUUCGACAGCCGUUGCUUCUUCUCGAACCUGACCAGACAGAACUGGAGUCAGAUUCUUUUGUCCAACAGCUCUGUGGAGGGACGUUGUUACAGACACAGGUGCACUGGACUAAACAGGUACCAAAUCCAGGUGUCUGGCUCUGAGUGGGUGAACUGUCCAGCAGGAGGCACCAUUCAGAUCAAAGGAAACCAGGGUUCAGUCCACUGCCCUGACAGAAGGUUAUGUGUGUACCCUGACGUUACUCCUCCCUCAGAUGACCUCAAUACAUUUCCUGCUUCUGUAACAAGACUUCCCGCAGAGCUCACUGCAGCCUCAGCGCUCGGCAUCACUGCAGCUGUGUGUCUCCUGGCUGCAGCCGUGGAGUCUGUGAGGAAAUGUUGCUCCUGCAGGAUCAGGAUCCACUCUGCCCCGGAGCAUCACACUGAGCUGUAGCAAACAGCUGCCUUUAAAAACUUUGAAUGUUGAGUUUCAUUCUAGAUCCUCUGCACCUGAGCAAACACACCUCACACAGUCCUCACUGAACAGGCUCAGCAGCCAAAUGGUGAUCCAGCUCAAAGUAAAUGGACCCAGAGGAGAGGAGAAGAUCAUCGACCUGUGCGACACUGAGGAGCAGCUGAAGAAGAUGACUGUGCAGGACCUGAAAGGGAUCAUUACUGACAAAUUUGGCAUAAAGGGUGACAUCCGGGUGGUGUACAAAACCCAGAUGAUGGAGGACUCCUCCCUGCUGUUGUCCUACGGGGUCCGGCACAUGUCCAACAUCCAGACGCUGCUGAUGCUGCCUGGAGGCUCUUGAUGAAGAUGCACGAUGAGACCAGUUAUAUAUUAUGAUGUCAAAAAUAACACUGAAAUAUAAAAACAAAUGUAAUGCUCUGAUAUGUGUCCUCUUUGUUCUGUGAAAAUAAAUGUCCUUAAUAUACUAAUCCAUUUCACAGCAUUUUAUUUUUGGGUUUGGGUUUUUUGUGUUCUGCAGUGGUUAUAAAUGUGUCCAGCACUUAAAGUUGAUUAAAUAAGGUUAAAUAGUCCCACCAAAGAUGCUGUAAAGUGAUGGGAGAAUGGAAUACAAAGACGACCGCAGUACCUUUACAAGAACAAAACAAAACAAAAAAAUAAACUUUGGCUGUUUUAUGCAAAUAGCCUAAAGCGCAUAGUUUUGCAUAACGCACAAAAACGUCCAUAAACUUUAACAUGAACAGAAACAACAUUGGAUAUAAAGUAUGUGAGACAUACAGUACAUGUAUCACUCUGCAUGUUGUUUUGUUUGAAUCAUUGCCAUGACUGUGCGUGUUAGCACCUGGCACACACAGUCAUGGCAGGUAUUUACCAUUAUAGGUGGAUAAUGACACAUUGUGCCCCUGGGCACAGCCAUGGCAGAAAACCUCACCAGCUCUCCUAUAUGGGAGCAAGACACACACUUUGUAGUUGUUUAUGCCUCUUUUUGUUGUUAUUUUGCAUCUCUCUCUCUCUGUGGUUUUAAGUCUCUUUACGAUCAUUUUGUAGUUGCCUUGCAGCUCUUUGUGUCUCCUUGUCUUUGUGUUUUUUUAUUCAUCUUUUGUUUGUAAUGCUAAAAAAGCAUUAACUUCAUGUGUAUGUAUUGUCUAUAAUAUUGAGUUUUAUAAGUUGG